UUUUAGAACAUAAUGAAACUAAAGUAAUAUAACGUAUUACGAAACAGUGUUGACUUGUUAUUCAUCUGAUCAUUGAUCAUGGUGGACGGCGGAAUCACCAGUGCUCGAGAUUUACUUCAGAUUCUCAUGAAUGCAAUGGAAGUUUGUGAGAGUAAAUUGGAAACCGCAGCAAAACCACUAGAUGUCAAUGGUAAUGCAUUAGACAUAUACUGCGCCGGGGAAUGGGACAACUUGAUUUGUUGGCCAAACAGUGCUCCCGGUCCUGUCAAAGUGAAAUGUCCAGACUACAUAGUUGACUUCAACCAUGACGAAUAUGUAAAAAGAUACUGCGACACCAAUGGUAAAUGGAGAAAGAUGGCAUCAACGAAUAAUACAUGGCAUGACUAUCAAGGAUGUUUCACUGAUGCAUUGAUCAGCAAACAGGCAAUAGAAGAUGAAAUACGAGCUGGUGCCACAGGCCCUCAUAUGAAGAGUAUGAUACAACUUUAUACUGUUGGCUACUCAUUCUCAUUAGUAGCUCUCACAUUCGCUAUGAUAAUUCUUGCCUACUUCCAACGUCUUCACUGCACUCGAAACUAUAUUCACAUGCACCUGUUUGCUUCAUUCAUGCUUCGUGCCAUUGUAAUAUUCGUUAAAGAUCAAGUCCUGUUCAUUGGUGCUGGUAUAUUUGAUAUUCAAACCCAGACUAGUGAAACAUCACUCGAAGAACUAUGGGACAGGGUGGAUUCACCAGGAGGACACACUUAUAAAGUCGGCUGCAAAAUUGUGAUGACUUUAUUUCAUUAUUUCGUUGCAACAAAUUAUUACUGGAUCUUGGUCGAAGCUUUAUAUCUUCAUAGUCUGAUCUUCGUUGCCUUCUUCUCCGAUAAAAAAUAUCUGUGGAGAUUUACAUUGACAGGAUGGGGUGUGCCGGUACUAUUUGUUGUUCCGUGGGCGAUCGUCAGAGGAACACUCGAAGACAUACAUUGUUGGGACAUUUCAAUCACAGAAUAUAAAUGGAUCUACAAUGGACCUAUUGUUGUUGCCAAUGUGAUAAAUUUUCUUUUGUUCCUGAACAUAAUCCGAGUACUUUGGUAUAAAAUGAGGGAACGAGGUGCUAUAAACAGAUCGGACAAUAGGCGACAAUACAGGAAACUAGCGAAAUCUACACUUGUUCUCAUCCCGAUGUUUGGAGUUCAUGCUAUUGUGUUCAUAGGAAUGCCUGAUAACAUAGAAAAAGGUUUAUGGUGGGACAUCAGAAUGUAUUUUGAUUUAUUCUUCAAUUCAUUCCAGGGAUUCUUCGUGGCGAUUAUUUACUGCUUCUGUAAUGGUGAGGUUCAAGCAGAGUUCAAAAAAGCUUGGGAAAGGUUCAACUUGAGUGUUGAAAUGCAACGAGGUAAUAGAGAAAGAAGUCGAUCAUCAGUAACAAUGUUGACCAGCUUUAAUAGUUCGGUGUCUCAACAGGCGAGGUUGUCUAUCGCAGGACAGGGCAACCGCCGAAAUUCAAAUGUCGUCAAAAACUGUUACCAGGGAACCAACAACAACAAUGUGUCUACUUCCAUGACAACGGCCUUGAACAGAUCCAAUUCAAUAGAAUAUAAAACUCCACUACUGGAGGAAGUUAAAGACGAACACAAGACUACUAAUUUAAGCAAUGGAUCAGUCACAGUGGUCCGAAUGCAAAAGGAAGAUUUUCUAUUGAAUUUGGGAGACGAUGAACAUCUCGCUCCUUAUGCAUCGUCAACUUGCGUUACAAACGAAAUCCGAUCUAUCCCAAAAAUUAUGGAGGCUGACGAAGAAGAUUAUGAAGAAAAACGUUUUGAAAUGGCGUUAGAAGAAUGUCCGUCAAAAGAAAACUCGAGUUCAAAACCCUUGGACGAAAACGUUGUAAGUAAAUACGACUCCAGUAGCAGCAGUGAGAUAUCAAGCGACUCAAAUCGUGCUUCAUCAUGUGGUACGGACUCGGUAACGGACAAUUCAUGUAGGAGAACCCCGUCGUUUGAUUCUGGAAUUUCAUCCAUGUUAGGUGGAAAUCCAAGACUCUCGACUGUAUUUCCUUCAGAUAGUUCAGAUAAAAAUAAUAUCUCUGUGACUUCAGAAAAUGAGACCUGAAAAUCGUGCCAUGUUUUCAUUCUUAGCACUUCCUAUAUUUGACGAGUUUUUUUUACUCAAUAAUCACUGAUUUUGGAUAUUUUUAUAUCUUAACAAAUACCAUAUGCUGUAUCACCUUAUCAAUAUGUUGAUUGUGAAAGCAUGAUAAUAGUAAUGCCAUCUUAUAUGCCAUACAAAAUUAAAUUCUUGUCAAAAGUUAACAUUGUCACCAAACUGCUCUGGAGGUCUCUGAUUUCAAAAUAUUUAUUUGGAAUUAAUUUGGUCAGGUUUGGGUAUUCAAACCCAUUUUGACCCGAGUGAUGUCGCUAUGUUUUUUACAGAAUGCUGAAAGGAAUAGUAUCUUUAUACUUCCAGCCUAUUUAAAUAAAUGUUAGUACCUGCUGAAGAGAGUUGAAAACGUUAUGAUAAAACACUUACCCCAAAAGCCCUGAAUGUAGUUUUACCAAAAAAGCCAAGUUUGUAAAUUUAAAUUCGAAAAUAAACUAUUUGAAUCGCUCAUAUUGAGUUGCAUAGUUUUAAUUCUGACUUCAUAUUCAUAAACGUAUUGCUGACCACAAGUUAAGUGGUUCAAGUAACUAAAUUUAUUUUAUUGUGCACGAGGCAUGUUAGUUAUUAUUUCCUGUAUCACUAUACUUACGGUAAAUGCAUUAUUGUGCAUUCAAACUUGGUGCUGAUUCAUUGUAUAAAUUUAGUAGUAUAUCAUCACAGCCAUUUCAUUUUUAGUACAUUUUGUUUAUCUUAAACGUUCUUCAUUUUUUACCUAUUUUUUCAUUUUAAUUUCUGACGAUAACAUCCUGUUCUAUAUACUUAUCUAUGUUCCUACCUAGUCAUGUAAAUCAAAUUUAUAUUGAACAAAAUCUUAUCUGCAGUGUUUGAGUUUUCGAACAAAUAGGUAAUUAGUAAGCUGUUUCUUAAAUUUGCAGUGUAUACUUCCUUAUAGUGUUGACAAUAGUGUUCAAUAAAUUACUUUUCUAUAUCAUACCACAUUCCUAGUUAUUUGUAGUACUAACGAUACUUGAAAUAUUAGAUAUAAUGGGUUUAGUUCUUGGGAGCUUUGUGAUAGACAAGCCAUUUAUGGUUUGGCAAGAAAGAAGUGAUUUGUUUUUCGGUGCUACUUCGCAUGUGUCUUUCAAAUCAUUGUUGACAUUAUUAUUAAUAUAUUGCAAGUUUUACAGUUUGGGGCAAGCAAUAAUAAACAGUGUAUCUUGUUAAUUUCAUUGUGGAAGUCACCUUGUGAAAUAAAAUUUUCAAAUUGUUAUGUUUGUAUUUAAACAUUAUUUGAUAAGCAUUGUGUGCCAUUCUCUCUGUGUAUCAAUCAGCAAAAUUGUUCUUAAACCAUCUCUUAGAUCAUCUUUCUACCAUUUCCAACUUAUCCUUGGAUAUAUAUAUAUAUUAUAGUUAUGAUUUUACCUGACAUAAAAGCACUGCUAAAAGACGAUUAUUCUAUUUCUGAUGAAAAGAUACUUUGGAUACAAAUUAUCUGACAAAAAUAUUGGCAAUUUUGAAUAGGUGUUGUCUAUAUUUUUAGUGUCAUUAGUUUUAUAUUUGCAGUAUUUCUUCUAUUUUUGCUCGUAGUUGCAAAUCAUUAAGUUCAUUUAAAAUAUUGUGAAUAAAAACGCUAACUACAA